AACUUACACUGAGUUCUUUAACAAAUAUAUUAAUGGGAAAAACGAUUUAAUUUAACUUUAUUUGGCUCUCAGUGACACCUAUACAUUUUGCGUAUGACUAAUCGAAGUACCGUGUUUAUCUUAGUUCAUUUCCGGUAUAACAGUCCAAUGUCUGAUGGGGUUUCAGAGCAAGUGAAAAAGUUUGUUUUCAAAUCAGUUAACAAUAGAGCGAGUGAAAACGAGAUAGAGACGCUAGAAAUACUGAUACCAGAGCAACUUCAAGCAGGUUACAGUUUCUACACGUGGCCAUCAGCACCGGUACUUGCAUGGUUCUUGUGGGAACAUCGACGUGAACUGCCAGGAAAACAUAUACUGGAACUUGGUUCGGGCACCGCGCUUCCAGGGAUUGUCGCUGCAAAGUGUGGUGCUGCUGUAACAUUAACGGAUAACGCUUGUCUACCGAAGAGCUUGCAACACGUGAAACGGUGUUGUGAAAUAAAUGGACUCCAACCAAACCAGGCAAGAGUCAUUGGUCUGACUUGGGGACUUUUCCUAUCAAGUAUAUUUAGCCUUGGUCAGGUAGAUCUCAUUUUGGGAUCAGAUUGUUUCUAUGAACCAGGUGUGUUUGAAGACAUUAUCGUAAGCGUUGCGUUCUUAUUGGAAAAGAAUCCACACGCAAAAUUUUUAUGCACUUAUCAGGAACGCAGUGCCGACUGGUGCAUAGAACAUUUAUUGCACAAGUGGAGACUGCAGUGUGAACAUAUCCCCUUAAACAACUUGGGCACAGAAUCAGGAAUAGACACUAGUGAAUUAAUGCAAGAUCACACUAUCCAUCUCUUAGAAAUAACAAGAGCUUGAUUUAUAUAAUAGGCAGUUAAUAAUGGCAGCACGAGCUGCAUAUAAAAUAUUUGUUGGAAACCUUCCUUGGACUAUUGGACAUCGUGAACUGAGGAUGUAUUUUUCUGAGUUUGGUCCUGUUGCCUCAGCAGUCGUUGUUUUUGACAAAA